AUGUCUUCAGAAUCAAACAAUCUACCUCCAUUUGUGAGAGACAAACAUGUAAACUUUAUAAUUGAGCAAGAAUCGAAUCGAUCUUAUGAAUAUUGGUUAAGUGAACAUUUAAGAAUGAAUGGAUUAUAUUGGGGUACUACAACAUUAUUAACGAUGAAACAAUUGAAUGAUCAAACAUUACCUCAAAAUAAAGUAAUUGAAUAUGUUAUGAGUUGUUGGGACUCAGAAUCAGGUGCGUUUGGCUCAUUUCCAAAUCAUGAUGCACAUAUACUAUCAACAUUAUCAGCUUUACAAAUAUUAAAAUAUUAUAAUUAUGAUUUGAGUCCCUUGACAAUAGAUCAAAAACAAAAAAUAGUAAAAUUUAUAAAAAGUUUACAGUUAAGAAAUGGAAGUUUUCAAGGUGAUAAAUUUGGAGAAAUAGAUACAAGAUUUACAUAUACUGCCAUAUCAGCAUUAUCAUUACUAGAUGAAUUAACUAAAGAAAUCACAGGACCAGCCACAAAAUUUAUACUAGAUUGUUAUAACUUUGAUGGAGGAUUUGGUUUAGUACCUGGGUCGGAAUCUCAUGCUGCACAAGUAUUUGUUUGUGUUGGAGCAUUAGCAAUAAUGGAUGAAUUAUCAAGAUUAGAUGAUUUGAAAAUAAGUAAUUGGUUAAGUGAAAGACAAGUUUUACCAUCUGGUGGAUUCAAUGGUAGACCUGAAAAAUUGCCUGAUGUCUGUUAUAGUUGGUGGGUCUUGUCAUCAUUAUCAAUAUUAGGUAAAAAAAAUUGGGUGGACUUGGAUAAAUUGGAAAAAUUUAUACUAACAUGUCAAGAUUUUGAAAUAGGUGGUAUAAGUGAUAGACCAGAUAAUCAAACUGAUAUUUAUCAUACAUGUUUUGGAAUUGCUGGGUUGAGUUUAAUUGAUUUCGAAAAAUACAAAUUUGAUGAAAUUGAUCCCAUUUAUUGUAUGCCAAAAAGGAUUACAAAAGAUUUUAAAAAAUGGAAAUCAUGA